GAGCGCACUGGAGGCAUGUCUGCUCCUUCAUCCUGAUAUUUGUUGCCACAAAUCCCAAAUCUCAAAAUUCUGUGUUUUCGAAUCCUAAUAAUCCUUUUGAGGCACGUUUCUGAUUCGAUUAACCACAGAAAAAUUUGCGAUUUUUGAAACUCCUGAUUAGGGUGGGUUUCAUUGUUUUGUUGGGUUGUGAUUUGGGGAGAAAAAAUGGAAUCGAGUCGAAGAGCGGUGGAAUCGUACUGGAGGUCGCGGUUGAUCGAUUCAGCUACGUCCGAUGAAGAUAAAGUCACACCGGUUUACAAAUUGGAUGAAGUCUGCGAGCUUUUGCGAUCUUCGCAUGCUAGUAUUGUGAAGGAGGUCUCAGAUUUUGUCUUGAAACGUUUGGAGCAUAAGAGCCCAAUCGUAAAACAGAAGGCUUUAAGAUUGAUAAAAUAUGCGGUUGGAAAGUCUGGUGUAGAGUUCAGAAGGGAAAUGCAAAGACAUUCAGUUGCAGUUCGUCAGUUGUUUCACUACAAGGGACAGUUGGAUCCUUUGAAAGGUGAUGCUCUAAAUAAGGCUGUGAGAGACACUGCUCAUGAGGCUAUUUCUGCCAUCUUUUCAGAAGACAAUAAGCCAGCACCUGCUGAAGAUGUAACCAGGCGGAUACAAGGGUUUGGAAAUACAAACUUUGAAGCACCGUCGGAAGAAAAGAAAUCUUUUAUUAGUGAAGUAGUUGGUAUUGGAAGUGCAUCAAUUAAGCAAGGACUUAAUAGCUUAACGCAGGGACAUUCACUGAAGAAGAAUGAAACUGGAAGCUACAAGAGUCCAAAUCUUCGAAGGUCAUUGACCAUUGAAACAGAACAUAACGACAGAUAUGAACCAGUUGCGUAUCAAAACGAAAGUCAGAGUAGUUUUGGACUUCCGAGGAAUCAAUCUAGUGGUCCUUGGAAUCAGGAUUCAAGAGCACCUAAGAUGGAAAUAUCAAAUGGGGAAUCUGGUUCAAGUUAUUCAGAGAGUAAGACAAGAGAGGAUAGGUUGCUGGAGACAAUUGUAACUUCAGGAGGUGUUCGCCUACAACCCACUCGAGAUGCCAUUCAAGUUUUCCUAACAGAGGCUGCAAAGUUGGAUGCCCUGGCUUUAUGUCAUGCCCUUGAACAAAGGCUCCAGUCUCCAAUUUGGCAGGUUCGCAUGAAAGCUAUUUGUGUCCUUGAUUCCAUCCUUAGGAAGAAGGAUGAUGAUCAUUUUUCAUGUAUGGCAUCUUACUUCACUGAAAAUAAAGAUGUGGUGCUGAGAUGUUCUGAAUCUCCCCAGGCUUCUUUGAGGGAAAAGGCUAUCAAGGUACUUGGUCUACUAGGCGGAGGCCAGCCAAACAGCUCUGCUAUUAAUUCAGAGAAGGCUGUGAAGACAGAGAGUGCUACAGUUUCUGAGUUGCCUGACUUGAUAGACACUGGUGAUUCAAAUGAUUAUGACAUAAUGGACAACACUACAAAGAGUACAAAUGAUGAAAAUAUAGCAAAUUUGACAUCAUCCACUCCUCUGGUUGAUGAUUUAUUUGGAGAUUUUAGUGGCUCUAUUGGAGCUCGUCAUGAACUGAAAAAUGAUGAUGACCCAUUUGCUGAUGUAUCAUUUCAUACAGGCGAGAACAAAGAACAUGCAGAUGAUCUCUUUUCAGGGAUGACAAUUGGCGGUGAUAAACAGGGUGAUCAUGAGAAUCAAAGGCAGGGGAACAGAAGUGAUCCUCAAUUUGUUGACAUUUUUGCUUCCAAUUCUGAGCAAGGAAACCAUAAAGAGGUUGUUAGUGAUUUGAUGGCCGGUUUGUCAAUGGAUGAAAAUACCUCAAGUACGAAGCAGAAGGGAGCAUCUCCUGCCAUGCAAUCUGAAUCUUUAUUUUCAGGUUUAAAUAAUCACAUCCCUGACAAUGAUUUAGGUGGCAUGUUGGGCUCUCAGCCAGUUGGGUUCAAUGUAAAUCCCAUGUUUCCUACUGGUCAUCUGCCUUAUAAUAUACAGCCUGGUAUUAUGUUGAACCAAUCGUAUUCUUCUCAGCCUCUUAAUUAUGGUGCCAUGGGGACUCUCUUGGCUCAGCAGCAAUUCCUGGCAACAAUGGCUAAUUUCCAACAACUUAGUAAUGCCAACAUGCGAGAUGAUGGUGUUGCUCACAUUGCUGGACCCAAUGGACGAACAGCUUUGCCAGACAUAUUUCAACCAAAUUUUUCAACUCAAACUCCGAGCUCCAUGAUCAACAGUUCAAAGAAAGAAGAAACUAAAGCAUUUGAUUUUAUCUCGGACCAUCUUGCUUCUGCUCGUGAUUCAAGGAGAAUGAUUUGAAAUUUAGAUCUUGUGCUUUUAUGGAGGAUAUUUAUGGUGUUAUUAAUAGAUCAAACGGUUAAUAGUUUUCUUUCCUGAGCAAAAAGUUGAUUUUCUCUUACCAUGAUGUAGCAUUAUAGGGAUAUUCUACAUGUCCAUGUUGACAAAAUAAUAAAAUAUGAAAACAUUUUGGACAUGGAAAGAGAGGUUCAAAAUGGUUGCUAGUUCUCGAUAUUUUGGAUAGAAUUUAGGAUGAGAAUGUUGUGCAGUGUUUUUAUUUUCCUGACUCCUGAGUAUGUUUUGUAUG